AUGGCGGCCCUCAGCCUCAGCCCAGCUUUCUGCACUGGGACCCGGCCCUAUAACCAGGGCAGGCGGCUGACGGCCUUCGAGCUGCUGCAUGAGCGCGUUCGUCGCGUCCGUAGGGAGCGGGGUCCCUGGGGAGCAGAGCUGGGAGCGGGGCCCCGGGACGGGGGGAGAGGGGAUAAGGCCGGGACGGAGAGCGCGGCGGGGGCUGGAGGGCGCGGGUCCGCCGGGAGCCGCCCGGCUCCGGGGGCGGCACUGAACGGGGGUCUCUGCCCGCAGGUGCCCGAGCUGGAGAAAGCCACGGUCCGCAUCCUGCGGCCGGAGCGUGUGAUGGGGAUAAUCCGGUCCAUCAAGGAGCAGGGGAUGAACAAGCUGCAGGUCAUUUCUGACUUCGACAUGACGCUGAGCAGGUUUGGGUGCAACGGCCGACGCUGCCCCACUUCGCACAAUAUCCUCGAUAACAGUCGUGUUAUCAGUGAGGACGGCAAGAAGAAGCUGAAAGAUCUGCUGCACCAUUACUAUCCCAUUGAGAUCGAUCCCAACCGGACGCUGGAGGAGAAACGUCCCCUCAUGGUGGAGUGGUGGACCAGGGCCCACGAGCUGCUGUUGCAGGAGAAGAUCCAGAAGGGCGACAUAGCCCAGAUAGUCAGAGAGUCGGACGUGAUGCUGAGGGAUGGAUUCAAUGAAUUAUUUGAUCAGCUGCAUAACUACAACGUCCCCUUGUUCAUCUUCUCUGCUGGCGUCGGUGACAUCCUUGAAGAGAUUAUCCGUCAGGCCAACGUUUUCUACUCAAAUGUCAACGUGGUGUCCAACUACAUGGACUUCGACGAUAACGGAGUCCUCACCCAUUUCAAGGGACCUCUCAUCCACACCUAUAACAAGAACAACAGCGUCCUGCAGGGUACGGAGUAUUUCCAGCAGCUGAGCACUAGGACGAGCAUCAUCUUGCUGGGGGACUCCAUGGGUGAUCUGACGAUGGCAGACGGCGUUCCCAGUGUGGAGAACAUCCUCAAGAUCGGCUUUCUCAAUGACAAGGUGGAAGAGCAGAGGGGGAAGUACCUGGAUGCCUACGACAUCGUGCUGGAGAGCGAUGAGACGCUGGAUGUGGUCAACGGGAUUCUCCGGUACAUCCUUAUCGAGACAUGAGCUGGGAAGGCAGCGUCCCAGCUCCGGCCCCUCAGCAAGAUGCCUGGGCAGUGAACGUCCUUCCCUCGACAAAGCCGGAGUGGAUCUCCUGGUACCUGCUGGACUCCAUCCUGAC